GGUUAAGAUCUGCAUCAUGCAGAAGCAAGUCCUUGAAUCCUCUGAGGAGCGAACAUUUCAGUACCAAGAUUUUCUGCCUUCCCUGCCAGUACCUUCUCUUGAUGACUCCUUAAGUAAAUACCUUGAUGCAGUGAAGCCAUUUCUUAAUCAAGAAGAAUAUCAAAGAACUGAAAAUAUAGUUAAAAAAUUUAAAAAUGGGAUUGGGAAAGAGUUGCAUGAAAAAUUACUGGAAAGAGCUAAAACAAGAAGGAAUUGGCUGGAGGAUUGGUGGCUGAAUGUGGCUUAUCUUGACCUUCGCAUAUCAACGCAAAUACACUGUAAUAUAGGAGGCCCUGGUCCCUUUAUUGAACACUGCUGGCCACCAAAAGAGGGCACUCAGAUAGAAAGAGCAUGUAUAUAUACAUGGCACAUCCUGAAAUUCUGGCAUCUGUUGCGAACAGAGAAGGUGCCUGUCGAGAGAUCUCUGGAUGAGGUUCUGGACAUGAGCCAAUUCCGAAUGCUCUUCUGCACUUGCAGAAUUCCCGGAGUUACCAGGGACUCAAUCAGCCAUUAUUUUAAAACUGAGACUGAAGGUGAAUGCCCAUCUCAUUUAAUAGUCCUGUGUCGAGGUCGAGUGUUUGCAUUUGAUGCUAUACAUGAAGGCAGUAUGCUGACGCCUCCAGAAAUUUUCAGGCAACUUACACAUAUACAGAAAACAUGCCAUAGUGAACCAGAUGGACCAGGAGUGGCAGCCUUAACAAGCUGUGAAAGGACAAAAUGGGCAGAGUUACGUGACUAUUUGAUUAAUCUUGAUCCAAAGAACUUAACUCUUCUGGAAAAAAUACAGAGAAGUUUGUUUGCGAUUUGCCUUGAAGAUUCUAGUCCCCAUGCCACACCUGAAAACUACAGUGAGGUUACCAGGAUGGGGCUAACAGGUGAUCCAACUGUACGCUGGGGAGAUAAAUCCUACAGUAGCAUAUUCUUUUCCAAUGGAACCUGUAGUGCGUUCUGUGAUCAUUCUCCUUUUGAUGCCAUGGCUUUAAUUUCCAUGUCCCAUUUUGCCGAAAAGAAGAUUCUUGAAAAUGAGGGAAAAUGGAAGGGAUCAGAUACAGUGAGAGAUAUUCCAUGGCCAGAGGAACUUGUAUUCACAGUGGAUCAAAAAAUCAUAAAUGAAAUUGGAUAUGCUAAAGAAUUCUAUUACAAAAAGGUGUCUGACGUGCAGCUAGUGAGUUAUGCCUUCACGUCCUUUGGCAAAACAUUGCUUAGAAAGCAGAAACUUCAUCCUGAUACAUUUGUGCAGCUUGCCCUUCAGCUUGCUUAUUACAAACGCCAUGGACGCCCAGGCUGCUGUUACGAAACCGCCAUGACUAGGCGUUUCUAUCAUGGCCGCACAGAGACCGUAAGAUCAUGUACUAUGGAAGCAGUGGAAUGGUGCAAGUCCAUGCUGGAUCCUUCUGAAAGUACUUAUCAACGACUGCAGCUGAUGUAUCGGGCAUUUGCAAAGCACAAUAAACUUAGGAGAGACUGUGAGAGUGGAAAAGGCUUUGAUCGUCAUCUUCUGGGUCUCCUCCUCAUAGCACAGGAGCAAGGACUGCCAGUGCCAGAGCUUUACAGGGAUAAUGCCUUCACAGCUAGUGGAGGAGGUGGGAAUUUUGUCCUUUCAACUAGUCUGACUGGCUACACGAGGUUUAGUGGAUGUGCCCUCCCUAUGGUGGAUCAUGGCUAUGGCUUUUUUUAUUCCAUCAGAGAUGACAGGAUCCUUACUAACUGUUGUUCCUGGAAAUCCUGUCCGGAGACUGAUGCAGAAGUGCUGUGUAGAACUGUGUUCCAGUGUUUUCAGGACAUGAUACAGUUAACAAUUGCAGCUCAGCUGUAAGGUUGAUAAUGAUGUAAAGGCCUUUACAAGUUCACAAGUUAUAUGUAAUACAAGUUAUAUGUAGUUUGAAAGAAAUGCUACUCAAGAUUACUGUUAUAGGAAAGUUAAGACAUUUAACAAUUUUUGUGAAAUCUACCUGUUUUUAUGGGACUUACUGUGGUGACAGUACCCAUUUAAGAAUAAUGUAGCCAUUUGCAAAAACAAUGCAAGCAGUAGUACCUUACUUAGGUGGAGCUAUGCAAUAUUAAAAUAUGCCUCAACAAUGCAAACAUACUCGGGAUGUUGGAAAUGGAGAAUUUAUGGGAGAUUUGGAUUUGUGAUCUUAGUAGUAACAUGUAGAAUACUUGGUAGUCUACUGAUAGUGUUUAUGUCAUGGAGCACUUAAUUCUGUGCUUAGGAGUAACCUCACUAUCCUCCUAGGUGAUAAUGCUUCUUAAUGGUAGCAGUUUAUGAAAUAGAAGGACUGCCUUCUAUUGAAAUGAAAUUUAUCUUUCAUUUUUGCUAUUGGGAUUAUACCAAAUAGACAUAUCUGUAAGUGGGGAAAUUCCCACUACAUUUGAAGUAAGAAAGCACUACAAUCUGAAGUAUUUUGAAAAAGGAGCUCUCAAUAAUAACAACAGCAAGCAGCAUAUGAGUUCCAGAUUCCUCAGAGUUUUCAUCUUCUAGUGAACUGUGAACAUCUGCUUUACACUAAUAAUACAUGAUACAACUAGGCACUGAAUGCAGGUUCAUACAGUUCUCAGGAUUUUUAAACUUGGCUCCUCUGAGCAGCUUUGUAUUCCUGAUACAGAAAUAAAAUUAUUCUAAAAAUCA